AAAAAGAUGAAGCAUGAACCACCAAUCCAACUCACGGCGGUAAACAGGCUUGCCCCCGACUUCAGUCUCUGAGCGAGAGAGUGUGAGACUGAAGUCUCGCCGACCUCAGCGGUUGCAGCCAUGGCGGCGGCGGCGGCUACCUCUCCGUUUCUCGGCCACAAGCCACUUCACACUAUUCCCCUACUGCAGUGGAAAUCCUCUCCUCGGCGAUUUGCUGAUAAUUCGAUUUGCAAAUUCAAGAUACAAGCACUCUUUUGGGGUCCAAGGAAAACUGUGCAGCCUAAUGUGAAGGAUCUUACGCUGGGGGAAUUCUCUCUGCUAGGGAAGGGAUCAGAGGGAGACUCAGAAAAUUUGGGAAAGAAGAUAUUGGUUUCUGUGGUUUCCUCUAUAUCAGAGGUUUCACCAGAAGAGUGGGAUGCAUGCAGUCUUGAUGCAACUGGUCCUGAACAAUUUAAUCCAUUUCUUACCCAUGCUUUUCUAUCAAGCUUAGAGGAAUCUGGUAGUGCAGUAAAGAAGACAGGCUGGAUACCACAACACAUCAUUGCCCGGGAUGAAUUGAAAAAUGUUUUAGGUGUUAUUCCUCUCUACCUCAAAAGCCAUUCAUAUGGCGAAUAUGUGUUUGACCAUUCUUGGGCAAAUGCCUAUCACAGUUAUGGUUUGAGCUAUUAUCCAAAAUUGCAGUGUUCUAUACCUUUCACUCCAGUUACCAGCCCAAGGAUCUUAGUCCGUAACACGUCAUAUCGAGAGGAAGUUUUUGAUAUGUUAGUCUCUGCAAUGAAGGAUUUGGCAGUCAAGCUUAAGGUGUCAUCUCUUCAUAUUACCUUUAACUCUUCGAACGAGUGGGAGAAAUUGGGGGAAAAAGGUUUUUUGCAGAGGAUUGGAAUGCAGUACCACUGGAAAAACCGUAACUACAAAAACUUUGAUGAAUUUUUGAUGGACAUGAAGCAAAGUAAAAGGAAAAAUAUUCGUCAAGAGCGCAAGAAGAUUUCUUCGCAAAAUCUGACCAUGAAGCGCUUAAGAGGAUAUGAAAUCAAGGCUAAGCACUGGGAUACAUUCUAUCAGUUCUACAGGAAUACAACAGACAACAAGUGGGGUAGUGCCUAUUUAACAAGAGAUUUCUUUCACCAUAUGGGUUCAAAGAUGGGUGAUCAAGUAAUGCUUAUUGUUGCUGAAGACGGAGAUGAGCUUGUUGCUGGAGCUCUUAAUCUUAUUGGAGGAGAUACAUUGUACGGGCGCUUGUGGGGAUGCCUUCCAGAAGCCUAUUACCCAAACUUGCAUUUCGAAGCUUGCUACUACCAGGCCAUUGAAGCAGCAAUAGAGCUUAAUCUUCAAACAGUUGAGGCAGGAGCUCAGGGUGAACAUAAAAUCCAAAGGGGAUAUCUGCCAGUCACUACUUACAGCAGUCAUUAUCUUGUGGAUGAAGAGUUCAGGGAUGUCAUUACCGAUUUCUUGGUGCGAGAAGCUGCUCAGCUUAAACUUGUGAUGAAGCUAUUACACGAUUCAGGUCCCUUCAAGGACGAUCUGGAGCUGAAGUAAGGAUUUUCCCUUAGUAGUCUCCGGGGAUGAUAAAGGUCAGGCCACUAAAAGCAAACUACUCUUGGCUGCUUAUACUGUACAUAUAAUUAACGUCAAGAUGUUUGGGGGAGGGGGAGUGUCUUGGUCAAUACCUCCAAUCAGAAAAGUUGUGAAUAACGGAAUGAGAAUCUCAUACGUGUACAGCAAAAAAAGUUUACUUUUAUUGGAAAGUGAUAAUAUUAUGUUUA